ACAACAAUUUAACGUUUGUUAUACAAUUUUGACAUAAUUUAUAGGUUAGAAUCCUCUUGUGUAUCUUUCGGAAAAUUUCAAUUUCUCCCUAAUUCUCAAGAUCUAGGUAAAUAUUAUGAAUGAUAUAUUUCUUCAGUGGAGUGUUGGAACUUGUUCAUAAUUAUUUCGAACUGUGUUUACAAUGCCCGAGUUCAUUAAAUUUGAUCCAAGCUGAUCUUUAUUUGUGAUUACUCUAGUCAUUACUGUUUUGAAAUUUUGAAUUAUUGUGAAGGUUUCUGAAAGUAUGAAUGGUACCAUGGACCAAAGAAACAAAGUACAUCCUCCUAAAACCAUGAAAAGUUAUAAGUUGUUAGUGGACCCUUUUCUUGUGAAAGGGGCUACUAAAUUGUAUAGAUAUGAUGGUGUAGUCCCUGACGACAGUACAUUUCCCCCAGGGAUUCCUAGAGAUCCUCGUUCACACCUAACCAGAAUUUGGACUCGCUUGGAACCUCUAGAUCUUCCUGCCCCUAGAUUCAAAAUUGACAACAAUUAUGUGGGGGAACCGCCUGCCAUUGAAGUUACAAUUUUUCAGCUAAACGAUAAUAUUGAUAAGGUUUUCCUCAGAGAUGUGGUACAAAAGUUCGGUGCAAUCGAUGAAUUAUUCAUCUAUUAUCAUCCCAUUACCAACAAACACUUGGGCAUAGGCAGAGUUGUAUUUGAAACGGUGAAAUCAGCAAAAGCUUGCGUUGAAAAAUUGAACAAUACCAGUGUGAUGGGCAAAAUUCUGGAAGUAUUCCUUGAUCCGUUUGGUGAAAAAUGUAGGUUGAAGUUCGAAGAGUACACAACAGAGAAGAAACCACCCGAAGCUGCCCCACCUCCAAAGGUAGAACUCGAGAAUGAAGAAAGGCUGGCGAUAGAGAAACAGGAAGAUGAGCUUAGAAAGCAUGAAAAGAAGAGGGAACGGGAGAAGUUAGAAAGGGAUAGGUAUGGUAGGGCAAGUUUCGGUAGAAGUGAAUUUGCUACGCCAGGCAGUAGUUCUGACAUAGGUUAUGGCACUGCACCUAGUGAUUUUUCAACCAAUUUCGGUUCAUCCAAUACGACACCUGUUGGGUUUGAAUUUUCUCAUCCAAGUAUACCGCUCACUCCACAAUACGGCUUUGCCACCCCUAACGCCUACCAAAUGAACCCUCCUCCCCCGCAUACAGUCUGGCCGAUUGCGACCCCGCAAUGGCCCACCGAGAGCUGGGAAAGAACGCCCACUUCGAUAGCCCCACCCAAAUGGCCAGUAAUGGAAGAGAAACUCACGAAACCGGAAAAGGAUAAAUAUAAGGAGGGCAGGCAUAAAGAGAAGGAGAAAAAGAAGAGUUACAGUAGUUCUAGCUCUUCUAAUUAUAGGGUUAACAACGAGGAAAAGACUGAUGAGGAAACGAAGCUCGAUCUGGAUACAAGAAUUGCCCUUCUACUGAAAGGUAAAGGGACUGGGGGCAUGCCACCCCCUUUUCUCGCCUUUGGGGAUUCUGAUGACGAGUUUAAAAUGGACAAGCAUCCUAAAGGUCUGACCCUACCACCAUCGAUAGAUAGUGAUGACGACAAGUCUAGCGUUUCCUUGAGCGACAUGGCCAUCAAUCCCCCUGCCCCGGAUGUAGAUAUACCCCACGACGAUGAAACUGCCCCAUUGUCCGAACCUCCUUCACCGUUCCUGAGCAAAGACAUAUACUUGGAAUGUCAUCGAAACGCAUUGGAGAUGGCUGUGGUCGCCAGACAGAGGGAGGCGCUCGAGACUACCGCCCUCCUCAAGAAAGUCAACCUCGACAAAAUCGGCAGCGACAUAUCUUCUAGCGAGGACGAGCUGUUGACCGGCGGCAGGAUGAACUACAGCCCCAUCGGAAGGUACAACCACGACUCCAAGUCCGACAGGGAGGACGACAGGAUGAGCCUGUCCUCCCUCAGCAGCAACGACCAGAAGAUCGAGGAGGUGAAACCGACCCCCCUGCCGCCCAACCUGAGCCAGCUGCCGCCGCCCCCGGCGCCGUACACGUUCUCGCAUCACUACCCGCCGCCCGGCUACCCCCCGGCGACCUACACGUAUCCCCCCGCCGACCCCUUCCACCAGCACGCGUCGUACCCGCCCGCGGCCUUCCCUUACGCGGCCAGCGUCCCGCCCCCCACGGUCUUCCACCUGACCGCCCACCCGACCUACCCGCCGCAGUUCGCGCCCCUCCAUUCGGCGCCCGCCUACAUUCCGACCCACUAUCAGCUACCUCAGCACGGCCUCGAGGAGGACAAGGACGACCCUCACGCCGCCACCAAGAACGCCAUCAUCAAGACCAUCACGCAGGAGCUGAAGGUGAUACUGAAGAGGGACUUCAACAAGAAGAUGGUCGAGAACACCGCCUUUUCGCUGUUCGAGAAAUGGUGGGAGGAGGAGACCUCGAAGGAGAACAAGCCGAAGGAGCUGCAGGAGAACGAGAAGUCGCUGUCGGGCGGCAAGACGAACGCCAACGUCCUGCUGGAGGCUAACCGCGAGAAUAUCUACAGCAACCUGGACAGCCUGGCCGGAGCUGGGAACCUGGUGUUGGGCAUUCGGGCGUCGCUGCCGAAGAUGCCCAGUUUUCGAAGGAAGAAGAUACCGUCGCCCAUACCGGAGGACGACGACUCGAGGAAGUUGUCGGACAGCGAGGAGAUCAUCAGGGAUUCGGAUACGGAGGUUGUGAACCACUCGAAACCUUUCAGCAGGAUAAGGAAGCCGUCGACCAGUUCCAUAAGCUCUUCCGAAAGCUCGAUGUUCUCGAGCGACAGCGACAGUUCCAGCAGCGACGAGAGUUCGGACUCGGAGACGGAAGUCGCCGAAACCAACAGGACGUCGCCGAUACCCAAGCCCGAGGACCUGAAGAAGAUCGCGACGGUCGACGAGUUGGUCCACACCACGGAAGACCUACAAGACGGCAUAUUGCCGACUUGUAAGACCCCCGAGCCAGUGGUCGCCAAAACGGAGACCGAGGAGGAGGACGACGACAACCCGCCGAAGAAGGCCAAGCUGGACCUGUUGGUAUCGAAGAAACGCGCUUUGCACGAGGACAGCGACAGUUCGCUAAGCGAAACGGAACUGGAGUACCUGGAGAGGAGACGAAGGAACACGGAAUGGAUGGAACAGAUCGAACGUGAGAGGGCCGAGAGGGAGGAGAAGGAGAGAUUGGAGAGGGUGGAUAAGGAAGACGGUCCCAAGGUCGCCCCUAGAUCGGAGAACUUGGCUGAGGAAAAAUCGUUGGAGGAGAUGGAAGCGGUUAGAGACGCUCUGUUGCAGGCUAUAAGGAAUCCCGAACCUCCCACGGUGGCACCUGCAGAGGCACCGGUCUCAUCCAAGGUUCCCGAUAAGGAUCUUAGUAGCGAUGAGGAGACUGUUCCUGAGAGAAGGGACGGUCUUAGUAAGAAAGAGCUGAAUGGUGCCCUUGCGAGGGUCAGGAAACUGUCAGAGUCUGAUGGCGAAGCAAGUUCGCAUUCUCAGGUGGCCAUGGAACAUUCCUACUGCAUGCCGCAGAAAGGCGACGAGACCACCAAGGAGGAGGGCGCAGAGAACGCAGGAAACGUCGUACACGACCACGGCUACUGGACCAACCAGGAGGUCAAGGAGAACGAGGCGCCGAAAACCGAAGUUACCAACGUCGAAACGACGCCGGAUAAACCCAAGAGGUCGAGGAAGAGGAAGCAACACGCCAAAUUACAGGAGUUGCAGAACACCGUCGACAACAAAGAUGAUAAUCAGAACGGUUACUAUCAGUCGUCUCAAAUUGUACAUUCUGUAAAGCAUAAGGACAGGGAUCUAGUCGCGCAGAUGGCUAUAUUAUACGAGUUCUUGACUAAAGGUAUCGACCACGAGGAUAUACAAUACAUGAAGAAGUCUUACGAAGCGUUGUUGGCCGACGAUGCGAUGAGCUAUUGGCUCAACGAUACUCACUGGGUGGAUCACUGCAUAACGGACCUAUAUUCGAAUCCGAGGAGGAAAAAGAAGGAUGACGUCAAAGUCCACGAUUCUGGCUGCGCCAGGACGGAGGGUUACUACAAGAUAUCGCCGCAGGAGAAAGUGAAGUACAAAUAUCACCACGCCAAAUCACACGCCGUCUCACUCUCUCCCAACGUCACCGUUUCAAAGAUGCAGGGCAUUUCGAGGGAGGCCAGAUCCAACCAGAGACGUCUGCUGACCGCCUUCGGCACGGACACCGACUCCGACCUGCUAAAGUUCAACCAGCUCAAGUUCAGGAAGAAGCAGCUUAAGUUCGCCAAGUCGGCCAUCCACGACUGGGGCCUGUUCGCGAUGGAGCCCAUCGCCGCCGACGAGAUGGUCAUAGAGUACGUCGGACAGAUGGUCAGGUCCAGCGUGGCCGACCUCAGGGAGUCCAAGUACGAAUCGACGGGUAUAGGUAGCACGUACCUGUUCCGCAUAGACCUGGAGACCAUAAUCGACGCGACGAAAUGCGGCAACCUGGCGAGGUUCAUCAAUCACAGUUGUAGCCCCAAUUGUUACGCUAAGGUUAUAACCAUCGAAUCCCAGAAGAAAAUUGUGAUAUAUUCGAAGCAGCAAAUAGGAAUCAACGAGGAGAUAACGUACGACUACAAAUUCCCCCUGGAAGUGGACAAGAUACCUUGUUUGUGUGGUGCCGCUUCCUGUCGUGGUACACUGAACUGAAGUGCUGUAAAUACUAGAGACUGUUCCAUGUGUAAAGACGUUGUGUGGUCGAUAUGCUUUUUUGCUGUUACGAGUUUAAUCUAUUUAAGAAUUAAAUAUUUGAUAACUUGAAGAUGAAUGGAGAAAGUAAUUGGACUAUAUAUUUUAAAAUUGUUUUUUAUUUGUACAUAGGUUUAUAUUUUGAUGUACAUAAUUACAGUUUAUUUAGAUUCUUCUCGAUUAAAAGAUUGUGAAUUCUG